GAAGUGAGAGAGCAACGCAGAUAAGCUUAGCUAUCUAGUUCAGCGAGCAACCAAGCAAGCACGGCAGUGAGCUCGAGCGAGAAGCAGCGAAGGGAGAUCGAGAUGGCGCCGAUCAAGCUGUACGGCAUGGCGCUGUCGCCCAACGUGAUUCGCGCGGCGGCGGUGCUCAACGAGAAGGACCUCGACUUCGAGAUCGUCCCCGUCGACCUCCGCACCGGCGCCCACAAGCACCCCGACUUCCUCGCCCUCAACCCUUUCGGCCAGAUCCCCGCGCUGCAGGACGGAGACGAAGUUCUCUACGAGUCCCGCGCCAUCAACCGGUACAUCGCCACCAAGUACAAGUCCCAGGGACCCGACCUCGUCCCGACGCCGUCGGCGAAGCUGGAGACGUGGCUCGAAGUCGAGUCGCACCACUUCUACCCGGCCGUCUCCCCGCUCGUCUUCCAGCUCCUCAUCAAGCCCAUGCUCGGCGGCGCCCCUGACGCGGAGGUGGUCGACAAGAACGCCGCCGACCUCGCCAAGGUGCUCGACGUCUACGAGGCCCACCUCGCCAAGGGCAACAAGUACCUCGCCGGCGACGCCUACACGCUCGCCGACGCCAACCACCUGUCCUACCUCUUCCUGCUCACCAAGACGCCCAAGGCGGAGCUCGUGGCGUCCAGGCCGCAUGUGAAGGCGUGGUGGGACGAGAUCUCUGUCCGCCCCGCGUGGCUCAAGACCGUCGCCGCCAUCCCGUUCCCGCCCAGCGCUUGAGGACAGGCCGACGUGAUCGUGCCGGGGCCGGUUGAUUGGUGCCAUGGAUGUGGGUUUGCUUGUUUUGUUUAGCCGCGGGAGUUGAAUAAAAUCGAGAUGAUACUCUGUACUAUGAAAUGAACUUCUAAUGCAUGUCAGUGAAUCUUGCCUCGCAAAAUAAAAGGUCAGUGAGUCGCAAUAUUGCUGACGCACGUUUAUCCA